GUUUUUAGAUCACUCUUGGGACUUCUCCAUGUGGAUCUUGUGUAGUGGAACAAUAAACUCGGACCCUUUUGCUUUUCCUCACUCACUGAUUCCUUGUGUAUUUUUUUCCCUUCACACUGCUAUCUGAUUGGAAGGCCUGGAUUGGAUGCAAUUUUCAUAUCUGGUUCACAUCAAAAGGGUAAUUAAGUAACCCUGCAUGCACACUACUGAGAAAACAAAUGCAGAUGGAGCAGUAUGAUAGGGAGAUGUGUACUAUAGAAGAAAGAUCUGCACAAUCAACUGACCACUUAAAAGUUACUAUUGUGGCUCAGGGUGGAAAUGUUUUUUCUCCAAUUUUUCAUAAUGUUCAAGGAGCAGGGUGCAUGACCCUCACACAAAGUGUUGGUGGUGCAAACUUAUCAGAAUGUGAGGCCAGAGAUAUGACCUCUGUGAUGACAGAGUAUAAGGAGUCAGUAGUGUCCAUGUAUGCAUACACUCGGGAAUAUACCUCCUGUCCUGGUGAGCAUGUGCUCCUAGCAGAUCGUUAUGUUGAUCCACUGAUCAUUCAGAGACACAGAGUGAAGAAAGAGAGAGAAAAAGAAAUGUGCUCCAAAGGAAAGGACUUUUUCAACCUCAGGACAUAUGAUACCAACCAAAGCACUGGUAUUGAUGACUUAUUUAGUCAAGAGGAUGGUCCAAACAAUGAAUGUCCAAAAGCUGUCAUUCUCCAAGGAAAUUCUGGAAAUGGAAAGUCUUUCAUGGCACAAAAAAUCAUUCUGGAUUGGGCCAAGGGAGAUCUCUUUGCAGGGAUCUUUGAUGUAGUCUUUCACCUUAGAUGCUCAGAGCUUAAUGCUAUUUCUGGGGACAUAAGUCUGGUGGAACUUCUAAACUGCAGUGAAGAAAUGACUCAGAUCCUAAAAGAUAAGGAAAAGAGAGUUCUUUUCCUGGUGGAUGGGUUUGAUGAGCUCAGACGUUCUCUGCCUGAAAAGGCAUUGCCUAUCAGAGUUGAUAUCCAGGCUAAACCUGCUGCCAUCCUGAGCUCCCUUUUGAGGGGAAUCAUGUUAAAAGAGUCCUUCUUGCUGAUCACUACGAGGUCAACAUCUACAAAAAAAUUAGGAAAACUGCUCAAGUGUCCACAACGCUUUACUGAGAUUAUUGGCUUUUCUGAGAAGGGAGUGCAAGAAUAUUUUCAAAAGUUCUUUGAGGACAAGGAUCUUUCAAAUCAAGUGCAUGACCAAGUAAAGACAAAUGAGGCUCUCUACACAGCUUGCUUCAGCCCUGUAAUGUGCUGGCUUAUCUGCAACGUCUUUAAGCAAAAGCACAACAUGGGUACAAGAAUGACAAGUGGAUUGAAAAGUACCACCUCCAUUUUCAUUGAUUUUGUAUUUAUCCUGCUUGAACAUCAUUGCCAAGAUUUAAAUCAAACUGAACAGUUUAACAUGCUGAAGAACCUUGGCCAGCUUGCUGAAGAAGGAAUGCUUAAAGGCAAAAUCCUAUUUGAAAGACAAUUUGUUCCUGAGGUGAUCUUAAAUCUAGUUGGCCUCCCUUUCCUCUGCACUUUUCACCACAGAGAGGGAACUCAUGUGAAGGAAAUGUUUAGUUUUUUGCAUCUUAGCUUUCAAGAGUUCUUUGCUGCACUCUUCUACGUCUUACUCGACAAGGCAGAGGCUGAGACAAAAAUCAAUCAACUGCUAUCAUCAGUUUCAGAUCUGUUUAAAAUGUCCAAAAAUUCCCAUUUGCUACCAGUCAUCCAAUGUCUUUUUGGACUCUCCAACAAGAAAGUGAUCAACUUAAUCAAUGAAAAACAUCAACACGUAGUAUCUCGGAAAAUUGGUUCCCUGCUGGAGAAAUGGAUGCACACAUUUGUAAAAAAUGAUAUGAUGACACAUUUCAGCAGUUUCACCCUUCACUGCUUGUAUGAGGUCAAUGACAAGAAUGUUGUUAUGAAUAUUAUGAAAAUUUGGGAAACAGGGAGGGCUGGGGUUAACAUUUUGCUGAGUUCUUCACAGAUGACAGACUACCGUGCAGCAGCAUACUGUCUGCAGUUCUGUAGACGCAUCAGAAGCCUGUAUCUGUGUGCAAGUACAAUGCAGACUCUAAAAAUGAUGGAAACAGCACUGAGCAAAUGUUAUGAACUACAUUUAACAGUGAAUUAUGUGUCAGAUGAUGAUGCAGUCUAUCUGAUCUCUGCUAUGGGAAAAGGAAAACAUCUUCAAUGUCUGAGGUUAGAAGAUGGUAGUCUGUCUGACCACAGUGUACAGAUGAUCAUGAGCACUUUGCCCAAGCAAAGAUCUGUUGUUGAUGUUCAUCUCACAGUGAAGGCCAUUAAUCACAACAACACUGAAAUCCUCAUGAACUUUCACAAAUGUCUGAAGGCUUCAGGACAAUUCAGCUUGAAGGUGGCUACUUUAAAGAACCAAGAGGAAAGCCUUUGCUCACAUUUUGCAAUACAUAAUUAUAACUUGUACGAAAUAACUAUUAAGCACAAUGUUGUGGAAUCCUCUGUGAAAUGUGGACUGGCUCUUGUGUACCUCUCAGUGGCCUUUGACUCAGUGAUAUCCCACAAUGACAUGAAACAUCUCCUUCGGAUAUCAUAUAAUCUUAAAGAAAUUCCUCAGUUUGAGGAGCAUGUAGAUGCACUUCUGUCUUUCCUCCAUUCUAUACCUGGUUUAACUACAGUGAAGCUGGAUGCUAAAAAUUUGAGUCUGAAAAGUGCUUCAAAGAUCCUCACUUUCUCCCAAAACAGACCCAGUGUUGGACGUCAUUCCAUUCGGUUUGAUGUGGAUAGUCUCAGAGGUAUCAAUGAGGAGGACAUCUGCUCUCUGUCAUUGUUCACAGAUGAUCUUGUUUAUGUGGAUGGUGUGAUACUACACCUGAAAUUAAAAGUGCACAGUUCAAGUCUUCAGGAUGCAUAUGAAACUGAAUUCAAAGCAAUACUCCUGCAACUCUCACUGACAUUUCCACCUAUGGAGGGUGCCACUGUUAACUGGGAAGUUUUAUUCAAAAUGAGUAGCCACCUGAUGAAAUCAAAUCAAAGAACAUGUUUCUCCUUGGACAAGCAAAUGAGCACUAUCUUUUCAGUUCUCCAAUCUGUGCCAUCUCUAACGGAGGUUAAUUUACACUUGAGAAGCUUACCUGAGAAUUGGGCAGCUGAAAUGAUUUAUUUUCUCCAGGCCUGUUCUAGUCUACCAUUCUUUGAAUUGAGAGUGGGCAAUGGAGGUGAAACUCUGGGAAUGAUCAGAGGAGAAGCCCUGAGGUCUUCUGACAAAAAUUCCAUACUGUCUUUUGGAUGCCGUCAUUUGGAUUAUCAUGACUAUCACGGCUGGAUAUCACCACCAGGUUAUAUGGCAGGUGAUGUUCACAGUGUGCUGCCCUGUAUCACCCUCACCAUAACAAACAACACAGAUUUCUUCAACAAUUCUUGGACAACAUUCUUCCAUCAUUAUAAUCAGCUUAAAGCAAUGACUGAGCUAUGUCCAGAGUAUGAUCAGUGCCUGGACGGAUUGUUAUCUGUCAUGAACACUAUUCCUGCUCUGAAAGAGGUAGAGCUGGCAUUGAGAUUUUUCACAGCUCAUGUUGCUUCCAGCAUUCUGCAGCUUUUUCAGACCUCUUCCAGUCUGUGUAAGAUUGAUGUUAUGCUGUCAAGGCAAAUAAGGAGAGAUCGUGCUGAUGAACAGAAUGCCAGGGAAGAUUGGAAAAGUUUCCAGAGUGACGAUGAAGGGGACAGUGUCUAUUCAGAUAUUAGUGACUCAAACAGAUCAGCAGAAUUCAGUUCUGGGAGCUAUGGCACAGAUGUGGAGGAUUAUGGGGACACUGUUUACUUACCAAGACAGCUCAGUUUGAAUUCAGAAAUAGAAAACAAUGACUUGGAUCUCUGCUCAGAGCUAAGAGUAAGGAAAAACGCCAGGAAUGAAUGCAAGUUGUCCUUGAGAUGUGAUGGCUCCAAUCCUGAUACAAAAGCAGUUUUUGCAUACAUUUCAGUUAUUGUAUCUGAAUAUUCAGGGGACACUGAAAUCAAAUGGGGAAGCUUCUUUCAGUCUUACUAUGAGACUAAAGGGUUAACUGAGAGAAACCCAUACUUUGCUGAGAAAACAGAUGCCUUGCUGUCUUUCCUGCAUGUUGUACCUGGACUGGAGGAGGUGGAAUUUGGCAUACACAGUCUAACAGAGAGCUGGGCUCCUAGGAUCCUCUUUCUCUGUCAUGCAAACCCCAAUAUUCGUAGAAUCCGUCUGCUGUUGGAAAAUGCUCAGCAAAAUGAUCAGGACAGUGCCUGCUCAUCUUUAACCAUUAAAAGAAACUUCACAGACAUGGUUACUUUGAAAAUCGAUAUGCUAAGCAUCACCACUAUACCAUCCCUCAUUCACCUCAAGUUACCAUGUUCUGAGAUCAGCAACCUCGAUGGAGCUGGUCUUCUUUACAGACUGAAGUGCCUUGAGGGUUUAAAUGAUACAUCCCAAGAGUACAACAUGCAAUUAAAUGAGCUGAUCUCAUUCCUCCGCUCUGUUCCUAACCUUCAGAAAUUGAAAUUGCACAUUGAGAACCUAACUACAAUCUGGGUUAAAAGGGUGCUUUCCUUGAAAACCUGCCACAGUCUUAGAAAGAUCUUUGUGACUACCUUAUCAGAUGACAUGUUAAUGGAGGAGGCAAUCUCAGAACUUAAAAAAAAUUGGACAUGCCAGGAGUGUGUUGUGGUUAUUACAGGACUGAGAUGCAGCAACCCUACUGCAAAAUGUUCAAAGCAAAACUGGCAUCAAGAAUGCAACAAAAAUAUGAAACUCUCAUUCUGUGGAGGCCAGUAUUCUGAGGAGCCCUUGAUGUAUGGACAGCGUGAGACAGACAGUGAGAGCGAAGAGUGUAAAUAUUACACAUUUGAGUGUUAUCCUGAUGUAAUAGAGGUAGAUGAAGAGGAAGAUGGAGAUGUCUUCAUAAUUUGAACAGUAUAUGCUUUUAUGAAACAUAACAGAGGUAAAAAUUAACAUCUUGACGAAAAAUGACCUCUAAUGCACACUGCAGGCCAAAUGGAAAAGUGACAUUAUGCAAUUAUCUCUUUCCCUCUCUCUAUGUAUGUACAAUUCUGGAGUUGCUCUUGUUUGUGGGCUUUGGAAAAUCACAUUUUAAAAUGUUAAGGAUUAUUUAAUAUAACACUGGGAAAAAAAUCUAUAUAAUAAUACAAAUAAGCAAAUAAGGACCUAAAUAAAUACAAAAAAGACAUGAAGUAUGCAAAUAAAAAAUGUUAUGGCAUCUUCAUUUUACAUUUUAAAAAUCACCACUGCCUCUGAAAUAGUAUAAUUUCUAUUACACUUUGAUUAUACUAUACAUUACAUAACACUUUCUGUACUCUCCUUAACUUUACCUUGGUAUUUUAUAAUAUAAAAAUCACUUUAAAAUAUAUAGAACCUACUUAAAUAUUUGUCAUUCUUUUUAAGUAAACUGAUUGGUUAAAAUGAUUAUUACCCGUGUAUCUCUUCAGUCUUUCCACAGACAUGAUUGGUUUUUUUUGUUUGGUUGGUUUUUUUUACAAUUUAAACAAACAAACAAACAAACAAACAAAAACAAAACUGAGCAGAAAUUACUGGCUUGCCAAAAGGUGUUCUAUUAAAAUGUUUGUGCCAGGUUUUCUUCAGUUACAAAAACGUAGACUAGAUUAAAACUUUGUCUUAACAUUUUAAUAAACUAUAUGACUACAUUGAUACAUCAAAUUAUAUGUUUACCUAUGAGUAAUUCUUUAAUGUUAAUAGAGGAAAUGUGAUUUAAGUUCAUGAUACAAUUCAAACAUAUUAAUGUCUCAAACAUAAUUUUCAUUCCAAUAAAAAUAUCUAUUGGUUUUGAGAGAGAAAAUAAAAGUUAUCCAUGUGUAAUCCUGCAGUUUAUUUUUUAUUAGUGUUUAAAGUCGGCAAUAGUUCUUUCCUCGCGUAAUCAUAUUUUGAUCAUGAGUGAUGAGGUUUCACUGACCAAUCGUCACGUGCUUCCCUCUAGACCAAUAAGGUGGCCGCUUUUUGAAAGGACAUGUAAACAUGAGUCCAAGAUGUCUGCGCCCUUGUCAUCAAUAUCCAGUCGCGAAGAAAAGGAAAUUACGGCCAGACCUCCUUCAAAACCUCGUCAAAAUGAUUAUAAACAAUGCUAUAUUUAUCUCAUGCCAUAAAGAAAGAAGAAACAAAGGAUUUUACACGCACACGUUGGGGAUACAUUCAGAAACAGCGUCAAAGGGUGGCUUGGUUUGCAUGGUGAGAAUCGGAGAAUAGCAGAAAUAUACAAACAUUGUCUAGAAAUCGAGUUUGGCAAUGUUCCCGAAGACGCUGGGGUUCACUCCACUUGCUACAGGCGUUUCAUUGACAAAAAGCGCUUGGAUGCGGAUGAGAAACGGGUCACACAGCGUCCUGAAGCUCAAGAUGCUCACGAAGGUCAGUCUGUGUCAUCGGGUAGUAGAACCUCAACAACUGAAUGUCCGACAAAGAAACUUGGGUCCAGGACGGCUGCCAGUAGCUUGUGCAGCUUGUGCAGCUUGUGCUUCCUGCCUUGUGCAUGCUUUGUUAGAAAAUGGACAAGUACAUUACUGUGGCAGGAAAAUGCCAGAAUCACCACCUUUCACAGGCAGAAACAUUGUCAGCAGGUAGGUAAAAACAAAGUACACACACACACGUUUAAACUUUGAAGUUUUAGGCCAUAUGCUGGGUACCAUGGCUAACUUUCAAUUACGAUUACAUAAUUUAUCUUAUAUUUACUAAACAGUCAGAUUUGCAUUGUUUUGCAAACAGGUACAGCCAGAACACUCAAUAUUGUUGAACUGUGAACACAGUUUUUACUCAUUGAUUUUACUUAAAAAUUUAUUCCAUUUUAUCUAUCUAUUUAUUUAUUUAUUUAUUUACAGGCCAGUUGCUGAAAGCUACUGGGAUGAAGGAAGACACUAGCAUUUUUGUGCAUAUUCAAGACAAAUACUGUGUGUCUUGAGGUGUGAUACCACAAGUCCUGUUAUAGACAGUACACCAGGUUCUUGACAAAGUCUACUGCAACAGUUACUGGGACCUCAAAAGAACAGUAAGUUAUUAUAUUGCACAUUAUCAAAUAAUAAUGAAUAAUUCCCUCAGAUUAUUGCACAUUUCAAAAGUAAAGCAUUGACCAUCUACAUAGUUUGUAUAUUGUCAGUUUGUCUGUAAACACUGUCUUGACCGCACAACUCUUGGCACAGUAAUUCAAUAUGAUAAAAUGUGUAUUGGUUCGUGAAAGUAGAAGAAACUAGAAAUAAUUUAUUACCAAUGGAUUUUCUUUCUGAAAAAUAAAUAAAUAAAAAUCUUCUCAAAUCA